GCACUUAGAUUUCGAAUGGCUUCCAAAGAAGAGGGUGAAGACGAAGACAUCGUUAGAGUGGAGCUUCCUGGACCUGUUGCAGAUCAGGAAAGUGAAAGACCAUUACUGGAUGAUAUAACGCAGUUGGAAGGAUUUCGAGGACGGUGUCAGACAGACACGGGAGUUAUUGUAAGAUUGAGGAAGAAUCCUCGACUUCAUAAGAAUCAUAGAUCCAAAGUAGUGACCCUGCUACUGAACGAUCAUGAUUUGGAGCAGGAUCUACAGGGUGACAUCCGGAGUAAGCUUCCAAGUGUCCGGAUCAGGAGGUUCACAUCAUCCAGGUCUAUCAAGGACAGAAGGAGGGACUUACAUAGGGUCAGUGAGGGUCGAUAUGUCAGACCUCGGCCUUUCUGGGAGAGAUAUGAAGAUCUGAAAAACAGGAAUAGAGUGUCUUUUAGAAAUGUGGCAAGGGCAGUCAAAGUGUCAACUUUGGAGAGAAUAGAAAUACAAGCGAGGAAAUGGCACAAGUGGAGGAUGAGAUUCAAGGAUAUUCGUCAGUCUGUGACCUUGUUCCACGGAACUCUUAGACAAAUCGAGGGUCGAUAUGGAAUGGCAAUCAUGACCUACUUUCGUUUUGUGAAAUGGCUGAUGUUCCUGAAUUUUUACAUCAUGGUCAUCAUGUUUACAAUCCUAGUGAUUCCUUAUGCUGCCAUGAAUUCGUCAAGUUUUGAUGAUUAUGUGAGGAAUCUUUCUUCUCCAGAGCUCAAUAUAACCAGUGAGGAUUAUAGAAUGAUAAUGAGAACAGUGAACUGCUCCCAGCAGUAUAUUACACAUACAGACAAAAUACAUGGGCCUACACAUUCAAAGGCUACAAUAUUUCUGGAUCUCAUUCAAGGCACGGGUUUUAUGGAGAGCUCGAUCAUGUUCUAUGGCGCAUACAAAAACAGGACACACACAGAGGAUGGUCAGGAAGUGGUGUAUAAUGUAGGAGUAGCCUACCUUUGCAGCGUCUUCUUCAGCCUUCUCCUCAGUUUCAUUCUUAUCAUCAAAAAUUCAGCCAAAAACAUGAAAGCAUCCCAUGGUGUAGAGAAGUCAGUGGCACAGUUUACCAAUAAAGUGUUUGGUGGAUGGGACUACUGCAUUAAAGAGAGCAAGGCAGCUAGUCAUAAAAGGAAUGUCAUUGGAGUCGCCUUAGUGGCUGACCUUGCAGAUCAGGAACGAACAAAGCGCCUCGGUCUUCGGACAUGGGUAGACUGGUUAGAAGUGUGGGGGAUGAGGAUUGUCAUCAAUAUCCUGGUUGUCAUUCUUCUGUGUGGAUCACUCGCUCUGAUUGGACUCACCACAGCUAAGAUGAUAGAUAAAAGUGAUGGAAAAGGGUCCAGUGCUGCUCAUAACCUCUUCUUCCAGUUUGUUCCUCAUCUGACGAUUAAUUUGCUGAAUUUGGUUGUGCCUCGAGUCUUUCAGAAGCUUGUGAUAUUUGAAGAAUACACACAUGAAUUUCAAAUUAAAAUUACACUCUUUAGGAGUAUCCUUCUCCGAUUAGCCUCUCCAGUAGCAUUGAUGGUAAUGCUGUACCAUAAGUUGCUGUUGGAAGAUAAUAAACAGAAAAUUUGUGGGAACAUUCGAUGGACAGAUGAUGAUGACCCAAACUCAGUUAGGUGUUGGGAGACCUAUGUUGGACAGCAGGUUUAUAAGCUCUUGCUGAUAGAUAUCGUUAUUGUUAUACUGGUGGUACUACUCUGGCACAGCCCCAGGAGAUAUAUGAAUACAAAAUACAGGGACCGCUCAAAAAUUGUGAAGUUUAUUGGUCCCCAAGAGUUUGAUUUGCCAAAGAGUGUUGUUGAUAUUAUUUAUGCUCAGAAUCUGUGUUGGUUUGGUUUAUUGUUUUGUCCACUGAUUCCAGCCAUUACUCUACUACAUAAUGUCAUUGUCUUUUUUGUCAAAAAGGUUGAUCUUUUUAAGAACUGCCGCCCUGAGUCCCGGCCGUACAAGACCUCAAAGUCCACAUCACUUUUCAUGAAAGUCUUGUUGCUGUCUUUUAUGUGUGCUGUUAUUCCUGUAGGAUAUGUGAUUGGGAAAAUUCAGCCAAGCCAGAGUUGUGGCCCUUUUCGGUUGUAUGGUGAUGACUCCUACAGGAUGUAUUACAGCUUAGUAAACAAUGUGUACUCCUGGGAUAAAGUACCCCAGACUGUGUUCUUCUUUAUUGGGACUGGUAUCUUCGUGGUUCCUCUCCUUAUUCUUUUGAUGUUACUUAUGUACUAUUACUGGGUUAUUGGAAGUGGAUAUGCUACCAAAAAGGAGAUAGCAAUGGAAGACCUGAAAAUGGAGAAGAUGGAUACUAAGUUCCUCCUAAAACGAAUUAACAAGGAUAAGGAAGAAUUGCUGCGGAAAGACAGUGAUUGUUGACACUCAAUGGCUAAGUCUUACAGAAAUAACAAUGGUAUUGUUAUAGCUAAAGCAAGGGUAUCAUUGUAAUAGCUAUAGCUGUGAUAUCAUUGUCAUAGUAAUAGCAAUGACAUUAUUUUUAUAGCAAUGGUAUCAUUCUCAUAGCAAUUGCUUUGGUAUUCUCAAUGGCAGUGGUAUCAUGGUCAUAGCAAUGGUAUUGUUGUUGGAAUGACAACAAGGGGAAGUACAAUCAUUUAUAAAAGACAGAUGUCUAGCAACUAUCUGGUUACAUUAGCCAUAUUUUGCUAUUACAUUUACAUCAUAUGUAUGGUUUUUUUGUACUCUUGUCACUUUACAUGCAUCAUCAUAUUGUAUGGUACCUUUUUUCAUACAGCAUACUUAUCUUGAUUAUUUUAACUUUUGUAAGCCAAAAUACAACCUUUGCUUUUUGUUCCCAUUUUAAUUGUGUUCAUUUGAUAUUUAUACAUUU